AAAAAUGAGAGGUACGUUCUCAAUACUGUAGGUUGUCCUUGUUUGGUGAACUACUUAAAAUUUCUUUGGCGCCUGUACUGUUACUGACUUCGUUCUCCGUUCAUGGCAAAGGAGAAAUUACCCAAGCCGGCUUCAAGAUCAAAACAUCUCAAGUCUUCUAUAGGCGCGCCUUCUCAAAGAUCCCAACCUAGCCGUAAAGGAAAGCGAGCAUGGAGAAAAAAUGUUGACUUAGAUGAUUUGGAGGAAGGCUUGGAGGAAACACGGUCAGAAGAGAGGGUUCAUGGGACUGCAUUGCACAAACUAGCCGAUAACGAGCUCUUUCAUAUAGACACCGAAGGCGACGACAAGAUCCGACUUUCCCUACCAAAAUUUGCCACCUCGCAGUUAACAUCUGCGAAAAUCCUCGCACAACGAUCAGCAGUACCGGCAGUUUACUCUCGUUCCAAUUCUACCAAUUCAGGUUCGAAAAGAAAGGCCGUCACCCAUGCAGAAAAAGAACGAUUGCUUCGACAAGCUAAAAAACCACGAAAGGGUCCCUUUAACGUAAUUGUCGAUGAAAAGAGCGAUAAAUGGGGUGGUGCAACCGCAGCUGGUCUGAGCGAAGCAGUCAAGAACAGUGGUAACCACGAUCCCUGGGAUGCGGGUGAAACUCCAGAUAAUACCAACGAAGACGACUUUGGCACAGAGGGGAUUAAAAGUCUACAUAAACCGCCUCCAAAACCACCGAAACACACUUUAUCUUCCUCCCAAUCAGAUCCACGGACACAUAUACAAUUAUCCGCUGUACCCGCCCCACAUGCUGGUAUGUCAUAUAACCCACCGGCGUCGGCACAUCAAGAACUUCUUCUGCAAGCACAUAACGCAGAGCAGAAGGAGGAGGAGAAGGCGGAGAAGACUAGGGAAGUGAAGGAGAGGAUGGAGAAGGCAAGGGCGUUGGAGGGGAUCGGAGAGCCGGAAGCCAGGCCUGGUAUGACAGUCGAUCAACCGAAAGAUGAAGAUGGAGAAACGCCAUCUGGAGAGGUUAUUACCAAAAAGAUGCCCGAAAGAAAAACCAAAUCCCAGCGGCGGAAAGAAGCACGAAGGUUGGAAGAGAAACGAAUUCUGGCAGAACGAGCCGCCAAGAAAAGGAUGUUGUCAGCCCUGAAUAGCAUCAGCGCGAGAAAUCUUCGUAAAUCCACGACGCCGAAUAGUGAGGAGAUAGCCGCAAGACGGAGGGAAUUAUUGGCGGUCAAAUUGAAGAAUGGACUGGCGGGACGUCGCAUGGGCAAGUAUAAGGUUCCGGAGGGACACAUUGACGUUCAACUCGGGGAGGAGUUGAGUGAAAGUCUGAGAGGGUUAAAGGUCGAAGGAAAUCUUUUCCGAGAUCGAUUCCUCAAUUUACAACAAAGAGCACUCAUUGAGCCGCGGUUACCUGUCUUGCCGAAAAAGCGACGAAAUAAGGUUGUGGAGUACGAGAAACACGCUUGGAAAAGGUUUGACAAGAUCCAAGAAAAGUUCUGAUAUAGAUUCGUUAUAUGUACAUGUACAUGUCCUCGUUUCCUUUUUGUGAGCAGACUCUUGCUCGCUAUACAAAAUCACUUGGGCGAUUGGUACUCUUUGGCCCAGGAAACCAAAUCCCUGUUUACCAUCUCAACACUCAACCCACAACGGGCAAAGUGUCUCGCCACCUCUUCAACCGUUAUUUUCACAGGCC